AUGAUAUGCGUGCUUCCAGAAUUUACUGUUGUUUCAGAUAUAUGUAGAAAGAAGAAGGAUGCCGAGCAAUCUGCAGCAGAUUUGGCUUUAAAAAGGCUAGCCCACCAUUCCGUUGCUGAAAAUCCAUCUGAUAAGGAUCCUUGUGAUGCUUUGAUUGAUCAAAUCAAAUAUCUAUUUUCAGAUGAGUUCCCUCUACCUCUUCAUCCAUUGAGGGGUCACCUUAGAGCAGCUUUGCUGAGAAGAGGUGAUCUUUAUGGUCUGGUACGUGCUUCUGUCAUUACUGCCUGUGAUACAAAGACGAGUAAUCUGUGUAAAUUACUCAACCUUGAGGUGGAAUUAAAACCUUUUUUGGCUUUGUCAUUAAUUAUGAGGACUAUACCAAAAUUAUCAGGCUGUGUUGCAUCCAAGGGGCAGCUUUCAAUUCAGAAGCAAAAUCCAUACCCCACUGAAAUCAUAGAGUCAUCAGAUAUCCAGCAAUCUGAUUCCCCAGAAAGCAUAUUGGUUAAAGCAAUACAAAUUCCAGCUUCACUGGAUAAGACUGUUCAGCCAGUGACUCUUAAUAUUUCAUCCGCCGGAUAUUACCUGGAUGUUAUUGCAGAAGAACUUGGUGUAACAGAUGCCAGCAAGGUUUUGCUCUCAAGGACUAUUGGUAAAGCUUCUUCAGAGACCAGAUUGUAUUUUGCUGCUUCUAAGUCACUUGUGAUGGAUCUGUUGUCGGACCUUGGAAAUGUGAAAGAUUUUCAUGUGGAAGGACCUCCUAAUGCAAGGGCAAGUUACUUCUGUGGUCAAGGAAUAUACGGUGAUGCAAUCAUGGCUUCCAUUGGAUACACAUGGAGGUCUAAAGAACUUUUCCAUGAACACUUAUCAUUUAUGGUUUUAUUCAGGAUGCUUAUAAACAAGAUACCUAGUGGAAAUUACAAGUUGUCUAGAGAAGCAAUACUUGCAGCAGAGUUGCCCUCGGUAUUCACUACUGAAGCAAAUUGGAGAGGUUCCUUCCCUAGGGAAAUCCUAUUCGCAUUCUGCCAUCAGCAUCGGCUAUCUGAGCCUAUCUUCUCAACUACAAGUGUUCCUUUAAAGGCAUCAUGCAAGUUACUGAGAUCACAGAAGAAGUUGAAGGUUACUGAGGUAGCUGGACUUGCGACUGAAUAUGCAGAUGGAGGAGGUUUAAAUGCGGGUGAUGGAGAAUCAGUAGGACUGGAAAGCAACUUUAGAUGUGAAGUAAAAGUAUUUUCCAAGGGUCGGGAUUUGAUCAUAGAGUGUUCCCCUAAGGACAUUUAUAGGAAGCAGACUGAUGCUACCCACAGUGCUUCUCUGAAAGUUCUCUCAUGGUUGGAUGCAUAUUUUAAGGACCUUGGUAUGCCUUUGGAGAAGCUAAAUUGCUCUGCUGAUGCCCUUGACAUUAGUUUUUCUCUUGGAAACUUUCAUAAAGAGUUUGCUUUAUCCCAAUCCAUUUCCUUCAAUGAACUGUUUCAUUCUCCUGCGAUUUUCUUUUUUGCACCUGUAUGUUUUUGGAGCUUAAAGGUAAUAAAGCAUAUGGAGGAGAACCAGGCCUGUCGUUUUGGUGAUAUAGCAUUGAGUUAUUUUCGUCCAAAGGUUCUUAUAUUUUCCACCCGAAAUUACGAAGACAACUUGAUUCUACAAAGAUCUAGUCUUGCAACUCAAGAAGAAUACCCAGACGAGAAAAGCCAGUUAAAGUCUCAUAAAUUUCGCAACCAUGACCACAAGUUUGAGUGGACAAGAGGGCAGUUCAACCACUGGGCAUCUGAACUAGUGAAGAAGCACAAUUACAGCGUGGAGUUCAGUGGGGUUGGUGGUUCUGGUGAUGUGGAACCAGGUUUUGCUUCUCAGAUAGCCGUCUUUAAACAGGAGAGCCUGCUUGAUGAAGAUGAUCUACUGACAAAACAAAAUUCAUCUCAGCAUUGCAAAGUUGUAUGGAGUCGGAACUGCACUGACGGAUUCGGAUCGGUACCCUCUCUAACAAGUAACUAAUACCAGGGGUUUUGAAACCACACUGACAGAUUCUAGCUUAUCAGUACAGCUUUAGUCUGUACUGAUAAAUUAUAUGAUUUUUAGGAAGCAGAGGGUAUCUAACAGAAUUAGACAAGUGCAGGCUCAGAAUGGAUGCGUGUCUUUUGCUCCUAGGCCAAUUUGUUUGGUGCAUGAUUCUUUCUCUUUGAAAGCCCCCAUGCCAUUUAUAAAUCUUUUGAAGGGAAUUCCAGCCCCAUGAAUACAAGUUUCUAUAUGCAAAACA